AAAAUACCGCGUACUCCUCCCUCCAUCUCCAAUCCCCCCGAUCACCUCCUUCCUCCCCCCUCCAUAUAAAUACACCUCCCUCUCUAACUCUCUCUCUCUCCUCCUCUCUCUCUCUCUCUCUCUCUCUCUCUCUCUCUCUCUCUCUGCAGUCUACACAGAGCUAUCAACCAACAACGAUGGGAAUCUCAGUCUCCAGCUUUUUCAAAGAGCGAAAUUCCUCUUCGUUUUCACACUCUCACUCCUACUCGUCUGCCUCACAAUCCUCCUCUUCACCAGCACCAGCACCCCUUACCCUCUCUUCUUCUACUCCGAUCUCCAAACCUCCCAACCCAUCUCCCCUUCCGCCCCCUCCAACCCCUCCGGAGCGCCGACCCAAGUAGACGACCUCGUUUGGGAGGAACCCUCUUUCCCUGUUUCUGGGAAUUCGAAUUGGAACCUCUGUACGGGUCCGGUGGCGGUCGAUUACAUUCCGUGCUUGGACAAUUUUAAGGCGAUCAAGGCGUUGCAGUCGCGGCGGCAUAUGGAGCACCGCGAGCGGCAUUGCCCCCAGCCGCCCCCACGGUGCCUGGAGCCGCUUCCCAAAGGGUACAAGGUGCCGGUUUCGUGGCCUCAGAGCAGGGACAUGAUAUGGUAUGACAAUGUUCCUCACCCGAAGCUCGUCGAGUACAAGAAGGACCAAAAUUGGGUGAAGAAGUCUGAUGACCAUCUUAUUUUCCCCGGGGGUGGUACUCAGUUCAAGGAAGGAGUUGAUCACUACACUGAUUUCAUCGAAAAGACUUUGCCGGUUAUUGAAUGGGGGAGGCAUGUAAGGGUUGUUUUAGAUGUUGGUUGUGGUGUUGCUAGCUUUGGUGGCUAUUUGCUGGAUAAAAAUGUUAUUACCAUGUCAUUUGCCCCGAAAGAUGAACAUGAAGCUCAGAUACAGUUUGCUCUUGAAAGGGGGAUUCCUGCUACUCUCUCAGUGAUUGGAACGCAAAGGCUGACAUUUCCGAACGAUGCAUUUGAUUUAAUUCAUUGUGCAAGGUGUCGGGUUCACUGGGAUGCCGAUGGAGGGAAACCACUACUGGAGCUCAACAGGGUUCUUCGGCCUGGGGGUUUUUUCGUAUGGUCAGCUACACCAGUUUAUCGCGACAAUGAAAGAGAUACAAGUGUAUGGAAAUCAAUGGAGGCUCUGACAAAAUCAAUGUGCUGGGACGUUGUUGCUAAGACUGUCGAUUCAACUGGAAUUGGGCUUGUAAUAUAUCAGAAGCCUAUCUCCUUUGCCCGAUAUUUCAAACGCAAAGAAAACAAUCCACCUGUUUGUGGUCCUAAAGAGAGGAAAGUAGGUGCAUGGUACGCGCCUCUCACUGCUUGUCUUACCCCACUACCUCGCUAUGGCUGGCCCUUGCCCUGGCCUAUCAGACUUACCGGUAAACCUCCAAGCCUAAAUCAUGACCCGGAAGGGGAGGAAUUGUUCUACAAGGACACCAUUCAAUGGACUGCACUUGUGUCAGAUGCCUAUAAAAAAAAUGCUGCUAUAAAUUGGUCGACUGUGCGGAAUGUAAUGGAUAUGAAUGCUGGUUUUGGAGGGUUCGCUGCAGCACUUACCGAUCAACAGCUCUGGGUAAUGAAUGUCGUCCCCAUUCAUCUACCCAAUACUCUGCCGGUUAUUUUUGACAGAGGGUUGAUCGGAAUAUACCAUGACUGGUGCGAGUCUUUGAAUACCUACCCUAGAACCUAUGAUCUGCUGCAUUCCAAUUUCCUCUUCGAAAAACUUCCAGACAGAUGCGACAUUGUAGAUGUCGUGGUGGAGAUGGAUCGCGUAUUAAGGCCCGGUGGAUAUCUAGUGGUUCGGGACACAGUUGAAGUGAUCGACAAGCUGAGACCGAUUCUGCAAUCGCUUCACUGGUCUACAGCCCUCUACCGAGAUCAGUUUCUUUUCGGUAAGAAAGGUCUCUGGCGUCCUUCGAGAGGUGCAAGUAACUCGUGAUUGGAGUUGCUCAUCUUGUUUUAUACCUGUACGAUCUUAUAUCAUAUAUAUUAACCAACUGUGAGAUAGAAAUAGCACGUUUUCGACAUUUUUGUAUUGUUUUCGACUCGCAAAUUAAGCGUCGACACGAUCGUAGAUAAAAUUUAUAUUCAUACCUGUAAUGGAAUGAUAAGAUAAUACAAAUAAAAUGCAGAUUAUUACA